UUUUAUUUUGAAAUGUAAAAUGUGCAACCGGAUAUUACACUUGUGAUGACAGCUCGCUCUCUGAGACACCGGAAGCACUCGUCGGUUUUGGUGACGCUGCAUUAGACUGCAAGACAUGGACCGGUCUAGGUUGCUCGGGUUGUUCCUUCUCGUCAGCCUGGCUCUUGCUGGAGCUCAGGCGCUCACACCGGCGCACUACCUCUCCCUGUCUGAUGUGUCCCGACUGCAGAACCUCCUGAGCCAACAAUUCACCGACCUGGAGUCUGCAUACUACUCUGUUGUUGGUCUGACCAAGCUGGGAGCAACUGUUCCCGAUCAAGACGGAGUAUGCCAGUUCGUAAAAUCUCAGCUUGACCCCACUAGUGUUGACUCUCUCUUCUUUGCUGCCGAGAUCAGUCAGGCCAUCUCAGGAUGUGAGAUCCCUGUGUCCAACGAAACCCGGGACAUCCUCCUGGCAGCAGUCAGUGAAGACUCCACCAUGACACAGAUUAAUCGGGCGGUGAGCGCAAUUGGCUCUCUGGGGCUUCCUCUGGCUUCCCAGGAAGUUGUUGGCGCUUUGACAGCUCGCAUCAAUAAAGAGGACAAUGUUAUGGCUAUCACUUUAGCUCUGCAAACAGCAGCCCGCCUGUCCCAGCAGGCAGAGCUGGGAGGAAUUCUCGAGGAAAUUGAGGACUUGACCGCUCGUUUGGAUGAUCUUGGUGGCAUCUACCUCCAGUUUGAAGAGGGACUUGAGGUGACUGCCAUGUUUGUGACUGCUGCUUAUUCCCUGUCAGAUCACGUGGACAUGGAGCCCCCUCUGAAGGAGGACCAGGUCAUCCAGCUGGUGAACUCAAUCUUCAGCAAGAAAUCCUGGGACUCUCUGGCUGAGGCCUUCAGUGUUGCGAGUGCUGCCGCUGCUCUCUCCAGCAACCGCUUCCAUGUGCCGGUCGUUGUUAGUGCUCAGGGCCCGGCCACAGUGUCCCACAGCCAGCCAACCCUGCAGCUCCUUGUCACUGAUGUCAUGUCUCAACCUUUGGCCUCAGCCAACGUGCUGGUGGAAUCUGCAUACGCUGUGGCCUCCAAGAGCAUCAUUCUCAGCCAGGCACCAUUCACACUUAAUGAUGGCGUCUUUGAACUGAACUUCAUGUCCAACCAGCCAGCCAGUGGAUACUACCAGUUCACUGUUGCAGUGACCGGAGAUAGCAGGCUGGUUGCCAAUCAUGUUGAGCUUAAAGUGAAGGUGUCCACUGAGGUGGCUGUCACUAACAUGGACCUCUCUGUGGUCGAUAAGGAUCAGAGCAUCGGCACAAAGACCAGCAGGGUGGACUAUCCUUCCAAAGCCAAGAGCUCCUUCACAGCAGACAGCCACCAGAACUUUGCUAUGUCCUUCCAGCUGGUUGAUGUCAACACUGGAGUGGAGCUGACCCCACACCAGACUUUUGUAAGACUGCACAACCAGAAAACUGGCCAAGAGGUCGUGUUUGUGGCUGAACCCGACAGCAAGAAUCUGUACAAGUUUGAGUUGGACACAGCAGAGCGGAAAUCCGAGUUUGACUCCAUCUCUGGUACCUAUUCCCUCUACCUCAUUGUUGGGGACGCUACCCUGGAGAAUCCCAUCUUGUGGAAUGUGGCUGAUGUGAUUUUGAAGUUUGUGGAUGAGGAGGCACCGGCUACCAUCCAGCCCAAGACUCUUUACGUACCCAAACCAGAGAUCCAGCACUUGUUUAGGGAACCAGAGAAGAAGCCUCCCACGGUGGUUUCCAACACCUUCACUGCACUCAUCCUGUCUCCGUUCCUGCUUCUGCUCAUCUUGUGGUUUAAACUCGGCGCCAACAUUUCCAACUUCAGCUUCUCUCCCAGCACCAUUCUGUUCCAUGUAGGACAUGCAGCCAUUCUGGGUCUGAUGUAUGUCUACUGGACCCACCUGAACAUGUUCCAGACUCUGAAGUACCUGGCAAUUAUUGGCGGCGUAACUUUCCUCGCUGGGAACCGCAUGCUGGCCCAGAAAGCAGUGAAGAGAAUUGAGAAAAAAUAAGGACGGGAAUAUUAAAAGAAGACACUGACAAAGCUCAUUUUUGUUUCCAAGGAGUCAUUCAACAAAGCAUCAAAUCAGACUUUAAACACACGGCGUGGCAGUUCAAGAACCCAUUAAACAGUUUAAACAUGCAGUUUGUCUGUGUUGCCAAAUGGAAGAAAUGGAGACAUCACAGUGUCUCUGAGGACAAACGCUCACCUACUGAGGGCUGUACAGCUACUGAUCAUUGCACUUCAUCUUCCUGUGAGAUUUUUUUUUUCUUGUUGUCCAACAUGCCAGUGUUUUCUAAGUGAGCUGGGAUUUUUAUGUGGUCUCUUGAUUGAUUUUUUUUUUCCGUUCAUUUGUGGAUUUUCUUUUUUUUUGUACAUUCCUCUCUGUUGUUGCUCAGUGCCCAUUUCACCUCAGAACAGAAGCUGUAAGUCAACAUGUGUCAGCUGAUGAAAAUCAUUGGCAGUAGCACUGAUUCUUUGAUCAUUACUUACUAUGCCAGUGUGUUUGUGUCUUUGGUACAUCAGAUGUGUGGGAGAAGUGGUAGUCUCCUAUUUGAUACAAAGUUAAGACCCCCCCCCCAGAAAAAAAAUGUUAAUAAUGAAAUAUGGGCAAUUUGAGAAUACAAUGUUUUUGUAAAGAAGGAGAGGAAAUAAAGUAUCUGAGGUGAAUUAAAA